GGAUUAGAGGAAUUACCAGCUGAUGGCGGCAAACUUUGCUCUUUAAUUGCAUUUCCAGUUCAAAAUGUCACGCGAUUGAAUACAAAAUGGGGGAAAAUUAAUGACCGUGGAGCGGACAGCUGUUUGUGUGUGUGUUUUUUUUUCGUUCGACUCGAAUAGAUUGAAUUUAACGCUGGCCGGCGCUAAUGAAGGCAAGGGGGGUGUGGGGGUCAGAGGUCGGAAACAGCUCCUGACCGGCAAAAAAAAGAAGUGGCCACAUCGUCGCCUGCUCCUGGCAAGUUGCCCAGAACUUGGCCGCUUCUGAUGUUUGUGUUUCAUUCUCGCUCGGCCACAGUAAUUUUUCAUGUAUGGAAAGAGAAAACACCCACGAACUUAAAAAAGAUUUAUGGAGCUGGCGUAGAUUUCCAGCUCCCCAUUUCGGAAAUGCCCCCAAGCCGGGAAUAUAAAAUAUCACAUGGAAAAGUUUUUAAAUGUCCCUUAAUAACUGAAUUAAAUGUUUGCGAACGGCAACUAUGGCAAACUUGUUGGAAACUUUUGAUUGCUCGAUGCUUACACAAACAUUUUGCCAACAAAUGGCUCUUGUUUGGAUUAGAAGUUGUAAGUUCGUAAUUGUCGGAAAAGUGAGGCAAAUUUUGUGAAAAUCUAUGAAAUUUAAAUGUAAUUUUUAGCAAGUUUUUAGUUGAUCAACCUUUAUAAUUCAUUAGUUUCUAGUAGCCAGAGAAAUAGAAUAUUAAAGCAAUUAAGAAAUAAAGCUGUGUAGCCAGCAGCUACGUUUUAUUAAAUCUUGUAUUCUUUAUUACUUAGAUUGAAUUAUAACACGAGAUAUUUAAAAAUUUCUAAGGCGGAUUAAAUGUCAAAAGCCUAAGUGAUUAUUGCAGUCUUUGCCAAAUUUACCAACAUUUACUGAGAACUAAAAAGAUUAAAGCGAUAAGUAUACAUACUUUCAAGAGAACACAAGUAAAUUAAAAAUUUCUCAGGGCUUAACUGAUUCACACAAGUUUUAACAUUUCAUUGCCAUUACGCCACGUUGAACAGAGGCUCUCAACGGAUUAAGAGUAUAUAUAUAUAUUGCUUUCUAUAUGCCCCGCUGCGUUUCAUUUCGCUCUCGUUUUCACCCUGCCUGCUCCGGAAUCGAGUGAGGUAUUUAAUAUAAACUAUUUGAAUAAUUCAGAGACAGCAUUCUGGCCGAGGUCCUUGGGCUUAAUCUGCCCCCGGGAGGCGGAAUUGUUUUAAGAGAGCGCAGCUCAGCGGUAAUGAGCGAACAGCGGAGAGCUUUGGUUAAGCAGCUCGUAAAGUCCGCGAAUGUGAUUUUGGUGGCACUGCUGGUCUACAACUUGUGGCGCCACAAAUGGACCAAAGUGAAUUUCAAUCAGUAUCGGUUUUGAUUGAUUUUCGUCAUUCCGCGGGCUUUUACCAUGUAUCUUAAAUGUCAUUAACAGUUGGCCGGGACUAACGACUCUUGAAUGUGGCCGAUGGGAUUUGCAAAUUUAAUUUCCUCUACCAGUGGAUCUGUCAAGUGGCUGGUGAUAGAUGGUUAUUUUCUGGGGAAGGACUAUGGUGGGGAAUUGAUUUCAGAUCAAGCUUGCAUUGUGAUUGUUUAAAAAUGAUUUAUUUAUAAGGAUUAAUGUGAGUAACGAGAACACAAUAAAAAUUUAAAUUGUUUUGCAA